UCAAAAAGCUCUUUCUCUAAUACUGUCAACAUGAGUCUGAUGGACAUUUCAAAGAUCUUCAGCCUGCUGCAGCCCAAGGAGGAGGAUGAGGACAACGAGCAGAGUCAGGCCCUGAACAACGCCGUGAGCAGCGACAACGUGACCCUGCUCUCCGAGCUCCUCUCUCAGGAGAGUUACAGGAGGUCCAUCAAUGCUCGCAGUGGGUGGGGGGUCCCGGUCACCCCCUUGCGCACUGCUGCUGCUCUGGGACACCUGAGGUGCCUGGAGUUACUGUUGGAGCACGGUGCAGAGAUCGACAGCCUGGAUGUGAAGGCCCAGACACCUCUGUUCACAGCUGUCAGUGGGAAACAUCUCGACUGCGUAGUGGCCCUGCUGAAGGCCGGGGCCGACCCCAACGGCAGCCAGUACAACAACUGCUCCCCGGUGCUGACCGCCGCCCGCGAGGGGGACGUGGACGUGCUCAGGGAGCUGCUGCGCUUUGGAGCCGAGUUGGACGUCAGAUCCAAAGUGCCCGAGUGGGCCUCCAGCAGCACGGCGUGCAGAGGGCCCCUGUACAUCUCAGCUGUGUAUGGACACCUGGACGGCUUUAAGUUGCUCCUGCUGCACGGGGCCAACCCCAACUACAACUGCACAGACGAGAAGAUGCUGGCCAGGAUAAAGCAGCCGAAGACAGUGCUGGAGGUGUGUCUGCGUUAUGGCUGUGGGGUGGAGUACAUCCAGCUUCUCAUAGACUUUGGGGCAGACGUGUAUCUACCCACGCUGAUCAUUGACAAGACGACGAAGCAGAAUGAAGCCCUGGAUCUGUUGCUCAAGGAGAGAGCUUGUCCCAAAACUCUGAUGUCUCAGACUCGGCAGACGAUCCGGAGACACAUGUCCUUUUCUGACAAGGGGCCUGCCGUUGACAGUUUGGACAUUCCCCUGAUCCUGAGAAACUAUCUGAAGCAUGAGACCACUGAACUCAUAUGAUGCCUCUGAGAUAUGGCCAGUGAACUGUUUACCUCAUAGCUGCUUGAUAAUUGAUUUUUGGCUUCGACAUUAGUUUCCCAUAAGUAGGACAAGAUAACAACCAGUCACAGAGUGCACACUAUAGAAUAUCCUCCCCUGCUCCUGUAUAAGUCUUUGUACUGUGAAUUCCUGUUGUUAUUAUUGAUGGUUUGUGACUUUCU